GAGAACAAAAACUUCAGGGUUACUCAGUAACUCACUGACGUUGAACCAAACAACAUACAAUGGCCGCUAAGUUUGUCGUUCUCGCUUUUUUCGUGGCUGCUGCGCACGGCAGCUCCAGCCAUGGUGACUACACCAGCUUCUCGUACGGAGUAGCAGACCCACACACCGGCGAUGUGAAGAGCCAGCAGGAGACGCGCGUCGGUGACAGCGUGGUGGGCCAGUACUCGCUGCUGGAAUCCGAUGGCCACCGCCGCACCGUCGACUACGCUGCUAACGCCCACUCCGGCUUCAACGCCGUCGUGCGCAGAGAGCCUGCUCUGGUCGCUCAUGCCGCUCCCGUUGCUCCCGUGGCAUACUCUGCCCGUGUCGCUCCCGUAGCGUACGCUGCCCACGCUGCUCCUCUGGCAUACGCCGCCCGAGUCGCUCCCGUAGCGUAUGGUGCCCAUGCCGCUCCCCUCACCGUAGCCACUCAAGUAGCCCCUGCAUCCGUGUCAUACUCCGCGCACAGCAGCUCUGUUGCCCACUCCAGUCCUUUGGCGUAUGCUUCAUAUGGUGUUCACACACCCCGUCUGGCUUACGCAGCCCCCAUCGCUAGUGCCGUUGGCUCUCCUCUGGCUUACAACACAUACGCUGCUCCUCUGACCCACGGCGCUGUUGCCUACGGUGCCCCCGGCGCGUACUCCGCUUACGGACACGGCGCUCGUUUGGGCUGGUGAAUAUAAUAUGAAAUUAUUCGGACCAAAGUUUAAUGUUUUUUAAGAAAUAAAUAAAUUAAUUGAAGAAAAUUA